AUGCGCUUUGCCAUUGGAGCAACUGCUGCGCUCGCUGCCGCCGUCGUGCGUGCAGACGAUGCCAGCCCCGUCGAGGCCGAGUCCUCUGCCUCGACUGCCGUAGCCAAGCCUACUUUUACUCCUAGCACCCUCAAGGCCCCCUUCCUUGAACAGUUCACAGAUGACUGGGACAGCCGGUGGAAGCCCUCGCAUGCGAAAAAGGACACCAAGACCGACGACGAGGAAUGGACAUAUGUUGGUAACUGGGCCGUCGAGGAGCCUUCUGUGCUCAAGGGCAUGGAGGGUGACAAGGGUCUUGUUCUCAAGGACAAGGCUGCCCACCACGCCAUCUCGGCCAAAUUCCCCAAGGUGAUCAACAACAAGGACAAGACCUUGGUUGUGCAAUACGAGGUCAAACUCCAGAACGGCCUGGAGUGCGGUGGUGCGUACAUGAAGCUGCUUCAGGACAACAAGGCGCUUCACGCCGAGGAGUUCUCCAACAGCUCCCCCUAUGUCAUCAUGUUUGGUCCCGACAAGUGCGGUGCUACCAACAAGGUUCACUUCAUUUUCCGCCACAAGAACCCCAAGACUGGCGAGUAUGAGGAGAAGCACCUCAAGAACCCUCCGAUGGCUCGUGUCGUCAAGACUACCUCGCUCUACACGCUCAUCGUCAAGCCCGACCAGAGCUUCGAGAUGAAGAUUGAUGGCGAGUCGGUCCGCAAUGGUACCCUUCUCGAGGACUUCGACCCCUCAGUCAACCCCCCUGCGGAGAUUGACGACCCCAAGGACACGAAGCCCGAAGACUGGGUCGACGAGGCCCGUAUCCCUGACCCCGAUGCGAAGAAGCCCGAGGACUGGGACGAGGAUGCGCCAUUCGAGAUUGUCGACGAGGAGGCUACCAAGCCCGAGGACUGGCUUGACGAUGAGCCCACCACUAUUCCCGACCCGGAGGCCACCAAGCCCGAGGAUUGGGAUGACGAGGAGGAUGGUGACUGGGUAGCUCCCACCGUUCCCAACCCCAAGUGUGACGAAGUCUCUGGCUGUGGCAAGUGGGAGCCUCCUAUGAAGAAGAACCCCGCCUACAAGGGCAAGUGGACUCCUGAGCUCAUUGACAACCCAGCCUACAAGGGUGUCUGGGCACCCCGCAAGAUCAAGAACCCCAACUACUUCGAGGACAAGAAACCUGCCAACUUCGAGCCCAUGGGCGCUAUUGGAUUCGAGAUCUGGACCAUGCAAAACGACAUCCUCUUCGACAACAUCUACAUUGGUCACUCCCUUGAGGACGCUGAGAAGCUCAAGUCUGAGACUUUUGACCUCAAGAUCGCGGCUGAGAAGGCCGAGGAGGAGGCCAACAAGCCCAAGCCCUCUGAUGAGCCCAAGUCCCCCUCUGACCUCUCCUUCAAGGAUGACCCAGUCACAUUUGUCAAGGAGAAGGUCAACCUGUUCAUCGAGAUUGCCAAGCGUGAUCCCAUGGAGGCCGUCAAGUUUGUUCCUGAAGUCGCCGGCGGUAUCGGUGCUCUUGUUGUUGCUAUUCUCGCCAUUUUGGCCUCUGUCCUCUUCGGUGGUGCCAGCGCUGCUCCCUCCAAGGAGCAGGUCAAGGCUCAAGCUAAGAAGGCAAAGGCUACUGCCGCUGAUGCCAAGGACAAGGCUGCCGAGGCUGUCGCUACUGGGGCCGAGAAGGCUCAGGCUGAGGUCAACAAGCGCACUACUCGUUCAAGCUCGUAG